CCGUGGCGGCCGCGGGGGACCGCAAGGGGCGGCGGAGAGGCGGCGGAGGCCGGCCGCGGGCCGCGCCGACCAUGCCGCGCGACGACAUGGCCUCCCUGAUCCAGCGCAUCGCCCGCCAGGCGUGCCUCACCUUCCGGAGUGGCGCGGCGGGCUCGGACGCGCUGCCCCCCGGCUUUCCCGAGAACCUGAGCAAGCUGAAGAGCCUGCUGACCCAGGUCCGCGCCGAGGACCUGAACAUCGCGCCGCGCAAGGCGCCGCCGCAGCCGCCGCCACCCAGCCUGCCGCCCGUCACCUACAUGCACAUCUACGAGACGGCGGGCUUCAGCCUCGGCGUGUUCCUGCUCAAGAGCGGCACGUGCAUCCCGCUGCACGACCACCCGGGCAUGCACGGCAUGCUCAAGGUACUGUACGGCACGCUGCGCAUCAGCUGCAUGGACAAGCUGGACGCGGGCGCGGGGGCGCGGCCGCCGCCCGAGCAGCAGUUCGAGCCGCCGCUGCAGCCCCGGGAGCGGGAGGCCGUGCGGCCGGGCGUGCUGCGCUCCCGGGCCGAGUACACCGAGGCCAGCGCGCCGUGCGUGCUCACGCCGCAGCGGGACAACCUGCACCAGAUCGACGCGGUGGACGGGCCCGCCGCCUUCCUGGACAUCCUGGCCCCGCCCUACGACCCGGACGACGGCCGGGACUGCCACUACUACCGCGUGCUGGAGCCGGUCGGGCCUCGGGCGGCCUCGGGCUCGGCCUGCGAGCUUCCCCGGGAGGUGUGGCUGCUGGAGACCCCGCAGGCCGAGGACUUCUGGUGCGAGGGCGAGCCCUACCCGGGCCCCAAGGUCCUUCCUUGAAGCGGCCGGAACCCAGAUCUGCUGCCCCCACCGCAAGGGCUGUGUCCUCCCUCCCUCUCCCCCCCGGCCCGGGCUACGGAUCGUCAGCGGCAGCCUCUUCCUCCGCAAGCACAGGCCGUGGACCGCAGCCACCCGGCACGGCUAUGGGGGCGAGGUGGGGGAGGGCGGCCAGGUUACUUCCUGGUCCUGUCACUGCCACCGGGGCUUUGGUUGAAGGGAGUGUGGCGGGGGACUCAGAGCUUCCAUCCUAAAGCCAUAACGGAAAUACUCUUCCUCUGUUUCCCAUUCCAU